AUGGACACAACGAUAUCGAGAGUGCGUCGGACACCAUUACCUCCUGGACCAAAGGCAUCGUGGUGGUUUGGGAAGGUGCCUUUGCCUAAAGUUGCACCUUGGCGCACUCUUGCAUCGUGGAGAGAGACAUACGGGGACAUUGCUUAUAUCUCUCAAUUGGGGAAUUCCGUCCUCUACAUCAACUCGGCCAGGGCUGCAUACGAUUUGCUUGAAAAGCGAAGCGCGAAUUAUUCUUCACGACCGGCAUGGCCGAUGGUACAAGAUCUGAUGCCGUAUGGACCAUAUUGGCGGAAGCAUCGCGCACUGUUCCAGAAACAAUUCCCCCCAAACUCCCCCCGCUAUCAGCCUGUUCAAGUCAAGGAAGUUCACGCUCUCCUUCGAAAUCUAGCUCGCAGCCCCGAGAACCUGCAUUACCAUAUUCAAAGGAACGCCUCUGGUCUGAUCAUGAGAAUUUCUUAUGGUCAUCAGAUCAAAGAAGAAGGCGAUAUCUACGUGACGCUAGCCGAGACAGCCAUGGCUACAUCUGUGCAAGCUGGAAUAUAUGGAACUUAUCUCGUGGAUUAUAUUCCCCUCUUGAAGUAUGUUCCAGAUUGGAUGCCUGGGGCGAAUUUCAAGAGGCAAGCCAAGGAAUGGAGGAAGCUUGUUGAAGCCAUGGUUGACAAACCGUUCGAAAUGACGAAAGAGCGAAUGGCAUCCGGGACGGCAGAGCCAUGUUUCACGACAUUAGAGCUUCAGGAUUCCGCCGACCAAGCUAAAGAACCAGGGUAUAUAACUAUUAUCAAAGGCGUUGCAGCGGUUUCUUACGCUGGUGGGUCCGACACAACAGUCAGCUCGACAGAAUCAUUUCUACUCGCUAUGAUGCUUCACCCAGAAGUUCAACGCAAAGCCCAGGAACAAAUUGACAAAGCCAUAGGUCACGACCGACUCCCCCAAUUUUCUGACAAGAAGGAUUUGCCCUAUAUUGACUGCAUCCUCUGGGAGGUUUUACGGUGGAAGCCAAUCGUACCGCUAAGCAUUGCGCACUACACAGUCAAGGAGGAUGUCUAUGAGGGUUAUCUCAUUCCCAAAGGAACUACAGUCUUCCCGAAUGUCUGGGCCAUAAUGAACGAUGAGGACGCCUAUCCAGAUCAUUCAGCAUUCCGCCCUGAACGAUUUGAAGACCGGAAGAGGAACUCCGAGCUUGGAAUUAAUCCCUUGCCAGAUGCCGCAUUUGGUUUCGGAAGACGGACUUGCCCAGGCCGGUGGCUUGCUAUCGAUACUCUGUGGAUCACAAUUGCCUCCAUCCUCGCCGUCUACGAUAUCUCCAAAGCCGUCGAUAAAUAUGGUGCUUUUAUUGAACCCGACACUGAGUAUACGACUGCAUUAGUGAGUCGUCCAAAGCCAUUUAAGUGCUCUAUCGUUCCUCGGUCAUCCAGUGCGCUUGAGCUCAUAAGACAGACUGAAGAUGAGCAUUGA